GCAAGCUUUUGAGCUUGUAUUUUGGAAACACGGCAUAAAGUCAUAUUGGGAAGCUUAACUAAAGUUGGGGGCAUUGAUUUGCAUUUGAGUAGUCCGGCAAACAAUAUACCAUAAAUAUAACCAAAUAAACCACGAUCGAUAAAUUUAUACAAUGAAAAGAAUCAAUCAAGGCGCCAAGCGGAAAGACCCUGGCCGGACGCAGACUCAGACGCAGACUCAGACUCAGACUCAGACACGGAGCAGCCGGAUCGCUGCUUCAGCGAUUGUAGUAAGGAACAAGUUCUCAUUGUUCUGCACGAUUGAAUGGGCAUUCGUCGAGAAGAUGAGGCAGACGAGCGUCAUUCAGAUACUUUUGCUGAUCUACUUCUGACAAGGUUCUCCGACAGCUAUAUAAACGCGCCAACCGACCGAGUAAUUCAACACAAAUCAUUCAGUAAUCAACUCAACUUGAAGUUCUUCCUUGCUUGCCUCCUGUUCGCCGCCUGCUUGGCCCUCGGCCAGAGCAGCGCCAUCUAUGGCAGCAGCUACGCAACAGUGCCCAUUGUGCGCAGUGUGCCGGUCGUCCGCCAUGUGCCCGUUGUGCGCCAUGUGCCCGUCGUGGACUCCGUUGCCGUUCCCGUCGUCCACUCCGUCGUGCCAGUGCACCGUGCCGCCUACAUUUCAUCCCCAUCUGUGCUGCGUGUUGGACAUGCCUACGAUGCGCCCCUCGCCUACGGCGGCUGGCUGAAGGAGAAGAAGUAAGCAUUGCCAAUCUGCAGUCCUCCUGGAACGCUGGAACCGCUGAUACGCUUCAAUACUCUUUUUUUUCACUUUUUUUUUUUUAUUUUAAAAACUUAUU